GGAGGCACUCCGUCCUCGACAUAACACAGACAUCCUUCAGCAAGUCAAAGAGAGAAGCACACACUAACACAGAGGGGAGGCACCGAGGCGGCCAGACAACAGAGAAGGGGACAGACACAAGGACAGACUGAGACGUGAAGACGUGGGAAAAAUUUAGAGGGAGAAACAGGUGGGGAGCUGCUGCUGCUGCUGCUGCUGCAGCGAGGACAGACGAGAGGGAUAAGUGAGCAGGAAGAAUGAACGGGUGGUUGCACCAUCUGCUGCCAGAGAGUGAAACAUGUUGCCACCAUUCAGAUGAGAGCUGGGAGGCAGCGAUCCGCAGUGAGAUACCCGCCACCCCUCCAGAAUGAUGCUCCUCCUCUUGGCGUCCCCACAUCAAAACAAAACAAGCAUCUGGAGAUCACUGCAUUUCAAUCACUGAGGCAGUCAUAAAGCGUCUGCAGGUGGAAGAGAGAAGAGUUACGGCGGAGAGAAUAUAUCCACUCUGCUCCUGAGGGGUCCCACUACACCGACAUAUGAUAGAAAAACAAGCAUCAUCCCUGCCCAGAGGAGCAGCAGCAGCCACCAUUGUGCUUUCUUUUGGAAAAAGACUCUCAUUGGGGACAGGUACCGUGCAGCUGGUAUGUUUCACUUUUGCAGAAAACUAAACCGUUACAUGUCUUGAGAGCUGAGAAAGAAUCAGGUUCUUGCGCCACUUAAGAUGCACACUCCAGCCUCCAUGGUGAUGGGGAUCGUCUUCGCACCCUUGGGACUGGUCCUGGUCUUCACCGCCGCUAUCACCCCUCAGUGGAGAGAGGGACGGGCCCACCUGGGCAUGUCGGGGCCGGGGUCACUUCUUCGAUCUGGCGGGAAAGGUCAGGGGUCAGUGGAGGCUCUGCUCCUGCUGCGCUCGGAUGGACUCUGGGAGAGCUGCCUGCAGGUGGAGCACUCAGAGCUGAAGCAGUGCUGGCCCGUGGCAGGUCCGUACCAGAGAGACCCGAGGGUUCGCCUGGCGCAAGGUUUGAUUCUGACCUCUCUGUUCCUGUGCGGCAUCGGCAUCGUUCUGGCGUGCAUCGGGGUCCGCUGUUGGACGGAUAUACCUCUGAGAGGUGUGACAGCUACAGGUGGACUCCUGGUGGUGAUAUCCGGGCUGCUGAGCUUGACUGCACUAAGUGUGUACACCCACAACCUUGGAAGACUGGGGAUGGCGGACCCAAGUCAUGGGACCAACAACAGCAGGUUCCCUCACCUCAGCCUGCACCCGGCCGGCUCCCUCUACUUCGGAUGGUUGGGUUCGUGUUUACAGGUGCUGGGAGGCGGCGCUCUGCUGUUUAGCUUCAAACGACCAAGAUGCCCCACAUGCCCGACCUGCCCGGAUCUCCCAGCCUGCCCUGCAUGCAGUUCAUGUCCAGAGAUAACCAACAAGCCAGAGACGGGCGUUUAUGAAGUCAGCUGUUAGAAUGUGAAACGCACAAGACUUAAAGGAACAGCUCACCUAAACAUGAAUGUGUUGUCUUUAUCUUCCCACUCCGGUGCCGAUGGGGAGUUGGGUGAAGUUUCUUGGUGCACAAAACGUAUUUGGAGCUUCGCAGGAAAAUUGCGCUGAAGCAUUCUCCUAAGAAACUGAGGAAGAUGAAGACUUGUUAUAAAAACUUUUUUAAAAACUUGGAAAAUUAAAAGGUAAAAUGUAUUGGUAGAGCUAGUUCCGGUUUGAUUUGAAAAGCUCCAAAAACAUUUACUUAAAUUAUGAAUCUGAAUAAAAAGCAGUUCUGACAUUAUGUCUUUGUAUUGUGUUGCAGAGCUACUGAGGCAUGUCAAGCAGGUCCAAAGCGCCUGUGUUUGUGGUGCAAACACUAGCUGGUCCCACUCUGAAACCGCUAGCUGCACGGCUAACUGUGCUUGCAGCAGCUACAGUUAGCGGUUAUACUGGUGAUAUGCUGCUCCCUCUUUGUUAUGGGUACAAAAUUAAAAGAUGAUACAGCUCUUACACAUCACACCAUUUAAACAAGUCUACUACUACUUCAGUUGUUCAGGAGAAUGCUGAAACCAGAAUUCAGGCUACAGAACUGAACUGUUCCUGUAAAGUCAGACACACACUUCUUAAGAGUCACCUCCAGCUCAUCGGCUAAUCAAUCUGCCAGCCAGUGAAAUGAGUCAAAUCAUAAAUGAAUGUGAACCACAGGACACUGCCACAACCUGAUUAAUGGACUUUAACGUUCAGGUUUGAGCGUGAUGGAUGUGAUUUCCUCUUGAUAUGGACCGAAGCGUUAAUGCCAGAGUUGUAGAACACACGGUGAUGAAUCAUCAGAGCUAAUAGGCGGUUAGAGAUGCAUUCAAAUCAUCGUGGUUGAAAAGAGCUCAAGUUCCCGCUGCCUUUAACUGCAACAUGUAGUGAAACAGGACUCCGUCUCUGCUGCCUUUCACAUCGUAGCCAUGCCUCUGUACUGUUAGCAAGAAAUGUCUUUUUCGUGUGUGUCCGAACAAAACUGUGAAGUGUAUAAUAUUUGUGAUAAACGUUAGGGGUUUACAUGUGGUCGGUCGAGCUUGUUUUAAAUGGCGUAAAAUUUAGAGUUCACCUGUAUUUUCUAAUUCUACUUUCAUGUAAACAGAGAAAGUGACACAAAAUCUUGUUUUGGUUUGUUUUUUGGAACUGAGAAAACAAUUUCCUCCACAACAUUUCCAAUCUGAUUUAAAUAUAUCCUGUUUCAGUCACUGUAAGCAGAGACAAAUUGAAGAGGGCACUUUACUUUCAACACAAAUACUGUGACAGCUUCUGAGCUCGUCAGGGUAAAUCUUUGUGUCUCGCCUUCACCUGAGAGCCUUCAUCUAAUGAAUGUGAUAAUCGUGGCCUGAGAACAGGAACAGUGUGGAGGAAACAGCUCUUUGAGAAGGAGGAUGUGCAACAGGGUGUUGUUCGGUCUUUGUUCCUUGUAAAUUAUUUCCUGCCGUUGACUUGUUACGGUGUGUUCGUAUUUUGUGGUGCAUUCUGCAUUGAAUAAAACAUGUCA